AUGGCAUCCGACGACGACUUCUUCUCCGACGAUGACCUAGACAAUAUCCCUUCCAACACCCUCGACCAGCUCGAACAGCAGGCUGUCCUGACCUCGACACAGAAGUCAGCGGUGAAUGUAGUUCGACAGCCGUCUGUGCCAUUGCGAAAGCAGGCACACAAUGCUGCCAGUCUGAACAGAGCAGGAGGCAGCGGCCUCAACCGGAAUCUGCCAUGGCGACCACCACAGCCCAACCGGCCACUCACGCAGAACUACGCCCAUAUCGUCAACAAUGCUCCUCCGGCCAGUGCACCGGAGCCGCCUUCGUCCGACUAUGGACUCGACGAUGAAGAUGUCAUCAACCCUGACGAGCCAUCCAUGGUCACUGAGCCUGCGUCACGACCGACCAAUGCCUCCAGACCUAGCUAUCAGAACCGCCCGCCGCCACGACAGGCCUGGAAGAAGGAUGUGGAUCUCGAGGCGGCGGCUGCAUUUGCGGCUGCGGACGCUGAGCUAGGUAGCCAGACCUUUACUAGAUUCGCCAGAGGACAACCAGUGCAGUCAGCACCCAAUGGCGGAUCGAUGGACGUUUCUGCUAUGCUGGCCAGAAUACAAGAGCUUGAGGCUGAGCAAGAACGGUUGCGACGCGCGGAAGAGGCAGCUCGGAAUGAGGCUCUUGCUAAGCAGGGCGAGAUCGCCAUCGUCCGUAGCAAUCAGGAGAAAGAGAAGAAGCGGUUCGAGGCAAGGUUGUCUGUUAUGCAAAAGCUACAUUCUGAUGAGUCUGCGAGGCAAAAGGCUGAGAUCGACGCCAGUCGGAAGGAACGCGAGAAGAUGGAGACAGACAACCGCUUUCUGCAGCACGAUCUAGCCCAGGAAGCUGAGCGUGCGAAGAGGUCGGCUGGUACGAGAAGAGCGCCUACUCAGCGAGACACGCCUCGAAAGAGCAAGAGGACGGGCCUAGGCGACGGGUUUGACGAUACUGAGCUGCAGCCAAGUCCGAGCAAGAGUCGAGACAAAGGCGGCGACCACACUCCCAAGGUCGGUGCGAAGCGAAAGAGGCCAGCUAACGAUAGCCCUGUCCCUGCUCUGUCUUUCACGCAACCACAACCCGUUCUGCGCAAAGACAGCACCGAGCAGACUACUGCCUCAUCGUUUGGUCCGCCAGUCGUCGAGACCAUCGUGGUGCACGAUGAUGCAAAGUACAGGUACAUCCAUCAGAUUCUCAAUCACACGCCAAAAGAAGACCACGAGAGGACUGUGCAGGCGUUCAUCAAAUACUCGUUCCCGUCGAGCCCAGGUAAGACUCUCGCUUCGAUCUUCCACGAUGAGCUUUCACGACCUGGUGACGAUGACGACCAUCUCCCUAUCAAGCUCGCCAGGAUAUGUCUGCGCUUGUGGGCUGGCUGUUUAGAAGACAGCUACUUCUCGCCCUUCUACUUAAUUCUCGAUAUGCUCUUCCUGUCUCUGUAUGGCGAGCUUUCCUCGACCAAGGCAAAGCUCAUUGAAGUGGCAAUACCACUUUGCUGUCGAACCAUCGACUACAUUGCCAGGCCUGCCGCUCGUGUACUCAAAGGUCAGGUCCUUACGAAGGAGGAAAGUCAACAUCAAGACCUAUGGGCUCAGCAAUUGGAUGUGGACAGCGUAAUGGAGUUGCUCGACAAUCUAUGUGGCGCAGCUUCCUUAACCUUUGGGCGGAACGAAGUGUUCUGGAAGACCAUCGAGUUCCAAUUCGUGCUGCAGACUCUUGGCAAAGCGCAACCAAAGAGCCACAAUACCACCAUGCUUCGCAUGUUGACCACCUCGGCAAGAUCGACCACAUUCGGUGCUAUCAUGCCCGAUGCAGAAGCACAGCCGCAGCAAGAGAGGCAGACGAUCGAGCGAUUGACUGUUUUGCUCUUCGAAAAGUUCAAGCCACCCAAGGAUGAAGCGCCAUACACAGAGGUUGAAAUCAUCGAUGUACAUAUCGAUGUGCUCAAGGUGUUCCGGGCCAUGUGUCUGACAGAUCAUGGCACACUCUUGUUGUCGCAGCAUCGAAGCACGACCGGCAGACUGGUGCGCUUCCUCGAUUCGCAAGUGUCGAGAUUGUACUCUCAGCGACCUUCUCUUGGUAUGCCUCGCCCGGAAAGGACGCCACAUGGACUCACCAUACAGCUUGUCAACAUGACGACCCGACUACUCCAUCACAUCAUUCACGCGUUUGAAGAUCCUACAGUCCUCAUUCAGAAGCUUCGAGUAGUGCAUGGUGGCUACCACAAAUUCCUCGUCAGCCUCACUCGGAUCGCGUUUAGUGAACAGCUUGUGUAUGAGGCUGGCAUUGAAGACGAGGUUUGCGAGGCAGCUCACGAUAUUCUGGAUGCUAUUCUUGGUCCUGAAGAUGGUGAAGCUGUACAGAAGGCAAUGGAGACGCCGCGAGGUACUAGAGGUUCCACAACCGAGAAAGCGACCUCAGAUGGAGACGACACCACUAUGAGUGAACCUGGCUGA